AUGCCACAAAUUCCAGUUUGGCAGCUUCCCGAGUUUGAGGAUCGAAGCGAUUCCUCAGAAGAGCCAGCAUGGCUGGUCGUCUUCCUUUUUCCAACGGAGGAUGAAGAAAGGGAUCAAUUCAUGCAACAACUUAUCACAAUCGACCAAGAUUGGCCUUAUCGCCCGGAAGGUUCCCCAAGGCGGCUGCUACAAGUACCUUGGCUCAUGGAUACAUCUGUUUCAUCUUCAAUUAUAUGUUCCAUCGUGAAGCGAGCAGAAACGAGCGAGUCCAUGAUCUUUGUGGAUGAGCAGUCACGGACGGAUAACUCGGUGAUUCUUGUGCAUUAUGAUGAAUCCGAAGACGCUUUUCAGACUGUGCGGGCACCUAUCAAUAGGGCUAAUAUGUUGCUGGUUGCGGCUGCGGGUGAAGACAUUUGUAUUGAUGGUCUUGUGUCUCUUCCCGAGAACCCGGAAGAGGGGGUACUUAUAACGCAAAGAAACAAGUGUUCUUCCGAGGAAAGUAUCUUCAUAUUAGAGUCGAUGACCGGGGACGAGAUUCAAAAGAUUGAAACCGCUUUACUGGCCAAAGGACUCCACGAUGACUUCUUCACCUGGGUAGAUGUUUCCAGCAAACUUGAAUCACCCGAUAUGGAAGGUCUAAUCGCCUACUUUGAAUCCGAAGAGAACGAAUUUAGAACUCCGCCAUCUUACUUUUUGGCUGUUGAUCGUGAAGCUGUGAGGAUUACCAACCUCCCCGCCGAAAAACAGAAACGAGAAUGCCCUAUCAUUCUCGCAUCGAAAGAUGGUGGUCGUCUUUCUUUCGGGGACGAACUGGGUGAUACACAUAGCAGGAUAAACUUGGGAUAUGGCUUUCAGGCACUUGGAAUAGAAGAAGCUAUCAACGCUUCGGUGAAUUUGUCUGUUGGCAAUAUGGAUUUUGAAGAGUUGGCUCCUGGACCGGAGUAUGUCUAUUGGUUGGGUUAUCAGGCUUGGGUGGAUCAGAAUCUAGAUGAUUAUGAAGAUGGCGAAAAGUCUUUUGAUUGCGCUUGGGUCCCUGGUCAAGGACGUAUUGACGUCGAGUCAUAUGAGUGA